AUGGCCGGAGCCUGCUGCAAGUGCCCGCUCUCUCUGUCCGUGUUCAAGCGCUCUCUCUCGGUGGCGCCGCGGGGCUGCGGGUCCGCGCCACGCUUUCUCCUGCCGGGGUGUAGGCUCGGGGAGAGGGGCCUGCAGGAGGCCGCCCGACCCUCCAGCGCCCUCAGAUCUGCAGGCUUCUACCGACAAACCGCUUUCCUCUGUCUCUCCUGCCAGGAGUCCAUGAGUGAGAGUCUGCGGACCUGCUACCUGUACUUGAACCAAACCAGCCGGAGCUUUGCAGCUGUGAUUCAGGCGCUGGACGGAGAGUUGAGACAUGCAGUUUGCAUUUUCUACCUGGUUCUGCGUGCGCUGGACACGGUGGAGGAUGACAUGACUAUUCCUGUGGACAAGAAGGUGCCCAUGCUGAAUGACUUCCACACCUACCUGUACCAGGAUGAGUGGUGCUUCACCGAGAGCCAGGAGAAAGAUCGUCAGGUCCUGGAAGAUUUCCCCACGAUAUCACUGGAAUUCAGAAACCUUGCUCAGGAAUACAGGGACGUCAUCUCGGAUAUCUGCCACCAUAUGGGAGUGGGAAUGGCUGAAUUCCUUGAGAAGAAAGUGGGAUCUAUGAAGGAGUGGGACCAGUAUUGUCACUAUGUUGCUGGUCUGGUCGGCAUUGGCCUGUCUCGGCUGUUCUCCGCGUCUCAGCUGGAGGACCCUGAAGUGGGGCGGGACACUGAACUUGCAAACUCCAUGGGCCUGUUCCUCCAAAAGACUAACAUCAUCCGAGACUAUCUAGAAGACACACAAGAGGGGCGUGCCUUCUGGCCGCAAGAGGCUUGGAGCCAGUUUGCAGGCCGCCUCGAGGAUUUGGCAAAGCCUGAGAAGCUGGAGUCGGCUCUGUCCUGUCUCAACAUGCUGGUCACUGACGCUCUGCGGCACGUCCCGGAUGUUAUCGCUUACCUGUCCCGCCUGCGCAACCAGAGCGUCUUCAAUUUCUGUGCCAUUCCACAGGUGAUGGCAAUAGCUACACUGUCAACGUGCUACAACAACCCCAUGGUGUUUCAGGGAGUGGUGAAGAUCCGAAAGGGGCAGGCAGUCACCCUCAUGAUGGAAGCUACCAACAUGAGGGCUGUGCAAACAAUUAUCACCCAGUACAGCCAGGAGAUUUUACACAAGGUCUCCCUCGCUGACCCGUCUCGGGAAAAGACGCUGCACAUCCUGGCUGUAAUCCGUGAAAAGUCCGCUCUGUCGCAGUCCAGCCUCCGCUCCAGGACCCACCACCUGUCGCCCAUGUACCUGUCUGCUGCGAUGCUGCUCGCUGCCCUCAGCUGGCAGUACCUCAGCACUACUGCAGCACAGGCCCAGGGCACCAGUGACAUGCAGGGACCUUGAACUCCUUUAACCCCCCACCUUUCCUGGGCCUAUAUAUUAAAGAAGCUCCCGUGCCCACUCUGGAGCUCUGGUUUUCCUCUGAUUAGAGGAAUUUGCAGUUUUGCUGUGGCUGUUUCAGAACUGUGGACACAUUAAGCUAUGGUGGGGUUCUGGUAGCAGACUGGUGUCAUCAAAGGAUUUGAUCUGUGGAUAAAUUAUAAACACACAGUGGUGUGUGUGUGUGUGUGUUGGUAUAGUUGCCAUAAAUGGUACACAGCAACAGUCCAGGGUGUUUUUUUUUUUUUUUUUUUUUAAUUUUAAAUAUUUGUUCAGUUUAUUUGAAAUAUUGUUGGAUGAAUUGUAAUGAUUCAGCAUUUUCAAAUAUUUCAAAACACCAGUUAAAUUAGCACAUAUGAAGGUGGUCUGUACUUUGGUUUCUGUUCAGUUUUCUUUUAGUCCUUUUCUCACAUCAAAUCAAACUAACUUCAUGUUCCACUCAUGGUUCCAUAGCAGAAACACUAAAAAGUUUCAGUGGUGCAUUUUAAAGCUUUGACAGCUUCCAGUCACAGAACUUUUUCACUCCUUUUCUGUGUGUUUCAUUUUGUUUUUAAAUAUAAGGGAAAAAAAACAAUUUUAUGCAAUACCAGGGUAGUUUGCUCACAGAUGGAACUGUUUAAAUAAAUAAAGGAGAACGCAGAUUAUUGAACAGAUGUAUUUUCAGGUCUUUUUAGCAUCAGCCAAAAUAAAAACAAUGCAUACUGAGACUUAGGUAAGUGUCCUUAACACUGCUUUGGUGAGUAGAAAGGCUAGCGCAGGGUAACCUUGUACAGAACCAAAGGAGAGCUACAAACAUUGCUAUGUAAUGUGACAUUUUGAUUUGUACAUAUUUGAAGAAAUAAAGAGCAUUAUCCAGCCUGUGAUGAUCA